GUUCAUACUUCAUAUCCUCCAUCUACCAAAUUCACGAAGAAGAUGAGUAAGCUAUUAUUAAUCUCCAACAAAUUACGAGUGGGCGUGGUUUUGGUGGCGGCGUUGUUGGUUAUGGCCGCACGUCCCUCGAUCUCGAAGAAGGGAUCAGUUUCCAUCGGAAAUAGAUUGCCGACCAGCGAGGUAACGGCGCGCUGUCAAUCCAAAGACAACGACAUCGGUAGACACGACAUUGCCGUCGGCGACAGCAUUGCUUGGAGUUUCGGAGAUGUCUUUACGUACGAAACGCUGUUCUGGUGCGAUCUGAAUGCCACUGAUUAUGGGCUUCUUUCUUUCGACGCUUACAGAGGUAACGACGCCGAAUUUUACGACUAUCAUCUCCAUUGGUUCGUCGAGAAAGAUGGAGUUCAUGUGGGGAACCUGAUCGGUAUGGUAGAUCCAUCGCCAACCAAGAAGUGGGGAAACUGAUCAAUGCGACAAGGAGUUCGAUUCGAUCUUGCGAGCUAAUUGAUAAAUGGGUCUUUGUUAUCGUGUACGUGCUCAUCAUGUUGUAUGUUUUUUAUUUUCCUGUAGUUAUGUUGUGUAUCCGAUCGAGCUGUCUCGACCCCUUUUUCGGAACUUGCAACUAUCAUAAUGACAACUAGGUUUUCUAUAAUGUUUCCUUAAGGCUUCCGUCAAGGGGAUCCAUUAUCUGCGUACGCAGCGCAGUUUCUGAAACUUUUCAACUUUCAUAAUCAUAUCAAAAUUUCCUAUAAUGUUAAAGAGUAUUUCAUCUCAUGUGAAGAAAGGGAACCCUAAUUAAUUAAGAAUACUCAAUCCAGGAGGUUUCAUCUCUCUCGAUUGAGUAUUACUUUGAUCGUGUAGUAGUAAACUAGUUUUUAACGUGGCAUCAGAGGUUGUCUUGACUAACAAGAACAUGUACUCUUUGAAGGCGCGAUUUUAAUUGCUUUUGUACCCUUCCACCACAUGGCUGGCGGAUUUUUUUCGAGUUUAUACUAUGAAAUUUUUAUAUGGAAGGUUAAACGUUUUGGUGACCUAGAAGAGUAAAAGCGUAAAAUUUUA